CUGGGUGAGUCAUAAAUACACGGCGCAGGGCUGAAAGCUGAGACUGUUUACAGCGACUUUGCAGCGGCCUCCAGCGAGCCAAACUGCCGUCCCCCGCGCAGGGCGUGCAGGGGCUGGGCUGUACAGCGCGGGUGCCGGAGGGGGAUCCCCGCUGCCGCGCUGGCGGUACCUGCGGCCGGCGAGGAGAGAAGAGGGGGAGGCUUUCCCGCUGCUGUGCGUCCGUCAGUCCGUGGCGGCGGGCGGCCCGCUGCGGCCGGGGCCGGUGGUGGCCGCGGCGGGAGCGCGGAGGAGCGGUUCUGGGGAGGGAUGAGCCGCCGCGGGGCCAGCGGGUGCCGCAGGUCUGCGCCGGCGGCCGCGCAGCGCACGGGAUGUCGGGCCGGUGACUUCAGCCGGGACAUAUUUGGAGGCUCCGCGGGGUCCGGUGCAGGGGGCCAGCGUGUGUUUGGGUCUGAAAGCGAAUCAGCGGAGGGCGCGUCACUGCCAAAGGGCCCUAUAAAUCUAUCUGCGGCGCCAAGUCGCCCUGGCAAAGUCCCCGCGUCCGGCUCCGCGCUCCCUCUCCCACCACACUACCCUCUUGGAUCUAAGCUUUCGCCCCAACGGGACCCCCGAUCUGGAGGAGGAAGCAUCGCUGCUGCUGCUACCGGCUCUACAAAUCCCAGCGCCGGCCUCUGACUCUCCCAGCAGGCUGAGGGGGGUGGUUUGAUUAUUUAAUUUUUUUCCCUCCUCGGCUGGGGUGGUGUUUUUUCGUUUUGGUUUUUUUUUUUUGUUGGUUGGGGGUUUUUUUGUUUUGUUUGUUUGUUUUCCUUCCCGCCGUUGCGUGCAUGUCCGAGCGGUGCGCAGCUCCCCGCGGUGCUGGACCAGCUGGCGUUACAGGAGCCCUGAUGUCUUCAUCUGACUCCCCGCAGUUGUUGAUGGAGUGUCUGUCUCAGAUUUCCAGACAGGGUCCCAAAAGCAGUACCCAGAGCCAGCUCCCGCUGCCAGGCGGCGCUCCCCGCGCCUCGGGCCGCUCCCACCGCUGUUGAGCGCGGCUCCGGGUUCGCGGCGCCACUCCUGCCGCGGCCACAGCACCUGCGGCGAAGGCGGAGGCCGCCGGGGCUUGUGCUAGCGGCUCCCCUCUGCCUCCAUCCAGACUUGCGACCUUGCAACCCCGCCCAUCUCCACGCCUCCCCCCCGCGCAAAGAGAGUCCCGGCGGUCGGACCCCGACCUGGCCCACAUGCAUCGCCUGUCCGGCCGCUCGGCUCCCCGGCGUUAAUGUCCAUCUCGGGUCCGACGAGACCAGCUCAGAGGGGCCUGUGUUGGAAGGAGAUCUAAGAUGAAGUUAUGGGAUUUUGUGGCUGUCUGCAUGGUGCUGCUCAACACGGUCUCCACCUCGCCCCUGCCCAUCAGUAAGAUGCCUCCCAAGGGGCCCCCUUCAGUGGUAGAGGGGCCUGAAGAUGAUCUCUCCCCCAUCAGCCUGCUGCGUCCCUAUGCUGUGCACAGUGACUCUAAUAUGCCAGAGGAUUAUCCAGAUCAGUUUGAUGAGGUAGUGGACUUUAUUCAAGCCACCAUUAAAAGACUGAGGAGGUCGCCGGAUAAACAGACUCCGAUUUUUUCUAGGCGGGAGAGGAACCAGCAAAAUGCGCCCACAAACAUAGAGAAUUCCAGCAAAAAGGGAAGGAAGAAUCAAAAGGGCAAAAAUCGAGGAUGUGUCUUAACAGAAAUACAUUUAAAUGUGACUGACUUGGAUUUGGGAUAUGAAACCAAAGAAGAGCUAAUUUUCCGGUAUUGCAGUGGAUCUUGUGAUGCAGCCGAGACCACGUAUGACAAAAUUUUAAAAAAUUUAGCCAGAAAGAAAAAGCUAGUCACUGACAAAGUAAGGCAAGCUUGUUGCAGACCCACAGCCUUUGAUGAUGACCUGUCCUUUUUGGAUGAUAACCUCAUUUACCACAUACUGAAAAAACAUUCUGCAAAAAGAUGUGGAUGUGUCUGACUGCUGUGCACUGGAGGCGGCUCCAGUUUUGCAUUCCUGCUAUGAUGCAAAGAGAGGGACCAAGGUUCCUGGGGAAGCAUCUGCUCAGAGUGGAGAAAAGAGGACCAAGAACACAGAACAAGGGGUUGUGGGAACCUGGGGGGUGCAUGAGGUGGCGUAGGAGGAUGGAGGCUUUUGAAGUCCUAUGGGAAAGUAAAUAAAAGCUCAGGUGGAGAUGCUGACAGCUGGGUGGUGCACACACUCCCUUUCCCAUUUGACACAACCCACUGUCAGUGAGACUCGGAUCCAUGAGGAAUGGGCUUAAAAGCACAACCCUGCUGUACCACGCUGUGUUAUAAUUAACCCAUCCAUGCCAGGAAGCUUAGCUGAGAAGUAGCUUAGGAGUACCUUACUCAUCCCCUGCGCCCUCAGCUUUACUGAAAGAUACAUUGCAAUAUUGCUCAUUGGUCUACACAAAACAUAUUUCUUUUGGUUUACAAAGGGCUAACGUCACUUGCAUAACUACAUUUCUGUUUGGUCAUUGUGAGUGAGCAGAGACUAUUUGAUGCAAUGCAUCCAUUCAGAGACAUAAAUAUACAGAAUAUAUUUAUUGAGCUUAAGUUAUUGUUAUUUAUUACAGUCCAGUAAUGAGUCUCCUUAUUUAUUGUUUCUUUUCAAAGGUGCCAAACUAGAAGGUGCUUGGAAGAUACAGAGAGACAAUUAAGUUGGGAACAACGGACCAUGCUUUUGAUUGAAAGUGUUAAC